AUGGUUGAGUUUUCUUUGAAGAAGGCCAGAAACAAUUGGAAGCAUGUAAAGAAGUCUGCAAGCUCUCCUGCUAAGCAAAAGACACCUCCAUCGCCUGCUAAGCCUAAACAAAAAACAAAAAAGAACCCUUAUAGUGAUCUCAAGGAUCCGGCUACCAGUUAUACGCUACCAACAAUCAAUGCAAGGGAGAGAAGUAGGGUAGCAACUUCAAUGCAGAGAAGACUAUCAAUUCAUAAUACAAAUUAUGCUCCACCUACACUAGAUUACUCAAUGCCCCUACCUGAUAUGCCAAACAUGAUAGUUCCCAAUGAUAAUGUGGAUAGUAGUCAUAAUAAUAGUAGUUUCACCACUGAGAACGAAUCGGUAAGCUCUAAAGGCCCUUCCAACAGUUUAAAUCUUUCAACUGCCGAUCUCUCCCUGAACGACAGCUCCUAUAAUAAGGUGCCUGCUAGAUCAGCAAUGCGAAAUACUGUCAAUCCUUCCGGCAGUAAUGAUCCUUUCAAUAAUAGCACGUCGCUAAGAAAGAUGUUGGCAAACCCGCAUUUUAAUGCUAAAGAUUUUGUUCAUGAUAAACUAGGCAAUGCGAGUGCCAUUACUAUUGAUAAAUUUACCUCAAAUUUAACAGAUUUAUCGAUACAGGUCCAAGAAGAAGUAAAGUUAAAUAUCAAUAAAUCAUAUAACGAAAUCAUGACGGUAAACAACGACCUAAAUGUUGCUAUGUUGGAGCUUAAAAGGGUUAGAGCAAAUAUAAAUGAUUUAAACGAGGUUUUGGAUCAGUGCACCAAAAUAGCUGAAAAAAGGUUACAAUUGCAGGAUCAAAUAGAUCAAGAGAGACAAGGCAAUUUUAACAAUGUUGAAAGUCAUUCUAAUAGUCCAGCGUUACUUCCGCCUUUGAAAGCAGGACAAAAUGGGAAUCUCAUGAGGAGGGACAGAUCGAGCGUCUUGAUAUUAGAGAAAUUUUGGGAUACGGAACUGGAUCAGCUGUUUAAGAACGUUGAAGGUGCUCAGAAGUUUAUCAAUUCUACGAAAGGAAGACAUAUUUUAAUGAAUAGUGCCAAUUGGAUGGAAUUAAAUACUACCACUGGUAAACCCUUGCAGAUGGUACAGAUUUUCAUUUUGAAUGAUUUGGUACUUAUCGCCGAUAAAUCAAGAGAUAAGCAAAAUGACUUUAUAGUAAGCCAGUGCUAUCCUUUAAAGGAUGUCACUGUCACGCAAGAGGAAUUUUCCACUAAGAGGCUACUUUUCAAGUUUAGCAAUUCGAAUUCAAGUUUGUAUGAAUGUAGAGACGCAGACGAAUGCUCUAGGUUGUUGGACGUUAUAAGAAAGGCUAAGGAUGAUUUGUGCGACAUAUUCCAUGUAGAAGAGGAGAACUCUAAACGUAUUAGAGAGUCCUUUAGAUAUUUGCAAUCUACGCAACAAACCCCAGGUAGAGAAAACAACAGAAGCCCUAACAAAAACAAAAGACGUAGUAUGGGGGGUUCAAUCACUCCUGGCCGAAAUGUAACAGGCGCAAUGGAUCAAUAUCUUUUGCAGAACCUAACUCUAUCAAUGCAUUCGAGGCCAAGGUCCAGAGAUAUGAGUUCAACCGCCCAGAGGCUUAAAUUCCUGGAUGAAGGCGUGGAAGAGAUAGAUAUUGAAUUAGCUAGGCUUAGGUUUGAAAGUGCCGUGGAAACAUUAUUGGAUAUUGAAUCACAAUUGGAGGAUCUUUCUGAAAGAAUUUCUGAUGAAGAGUUAAUGUUACUUAACCUGAUAUCUUUAAAAAUCGAACAAAGAAGAGAGGCCAUUUCUAGCAAACUUUCUCAGAGCAUUUUAUCAUCGAAUGAAAUAGUGCAUUUGAAAAGCGGUACUGAAAAUAUGAUUAAGUUAGGAUUACCAGAGCAAGCUCUUGACCUAUUCUUACAGAAUAGAUCUAAUUUCAUUCAAGAUUUGAUUCUACAGAUUGGAUCAGUGGACAAUCCUACGAACUAUUUGACUCAAUUGGCUGUUAUCAGGUUCCAAACCAUUAAAAAAACAGUGGAGGACUUCCAGGAUAUUUUCAAAGAACUCGGGGCUAAGAUUUCUUCCAUCCUAGUAGAUUGGUGUAGCGACGAAGUGGAUAAUCACUUCAAAUUGAUAGACAAGCAAUUACUGAAUGAUGAAAUGUUAUCCCCAGGGUCCAUUAAGUCAUCCAGAAAACAGAUAGAUGGAUUGAAGGCCGUAGGUUUGGAUUUUGUCUACAAAUUGGACGAGUUUAUCAAAAAGAACAGUGAUAAAAUUCGCUAA